ACUCCAACAACUAAAAAAAUAAGAAAAGUCCUUUCCUUUUUGCCCAGAUUUCCACUUCCCAUCCCCUCCUCUUGAGGGCAGUUACAUUAAACUUGCAAACCCAAAACCCAAAUAACUCAUACAAAGUCCUCUCUCUCUCUACUUUAAUAGGAUCCAUGGACUAGACUUUGAUACCAUUGUUUUUAAUGGAGAUUGAAGUGUAGAUGAAUGCUCUCAGUUGUUCCUUCUGAUGAUUCUUUCAAGGGUUUGUUUUUUACUCCCUGCAUAGAUACAUAAAUACACAUAUAUAUAGAAUUUGUGAGUUUUGUCUGUGCGGAGAGAGAGAGAGAGAGACAGAGUUAUGCAAUCCGAAUCGGUCGAUCACGGAAACCAACGCGUUCGAUUGGCGGCGGCUGCUUCGGCUGCAGCGGCUGAUACGCGUGGGAAGCAUCGGAUUUCAGCUGAAUUGAAGCGACUUGAGCAGGAAGCUCGGCUCUUAGAGGAAGAGCUGGAACAACUUGAAAAAAUGGAGACGGCCUCAGCUGCGUGCAAGGAAUUGCUGAUCAUCGUUGAAACAAAACCAGAUCCAUUACUUCCAGUAACAAAUGGCCCGACAAGUCCUUACUGGGAUCGGUGGUUUGAAGGACCCCAAGAUUCACAGGGUUGCCGAUGCUGGAUCCUGUGACGGCUGUUGAAUUGCAAGAUUCCACUUCCAUUUUAAUAUUUGUUGGAGGCGAAAAAGAAUCGGUAGCUUACAAACUUGUUACAAUUUUUGAGCAAUUCCUUGUCCUUGGCAAAUGAUGCUCUCCAUUGUGCAGAAAAUUAUAGUGUUUUCCCUUCCUUUUAGGAAUUGAUCAUGAAAGACAAUGUUACAAUUUGCAAGCAAUGCUCUUUUUGUUUGCAAAAUUGUUGUUGAUGUUACAUUACAAAAUGUGAUGCUCCUUUGUGCAGAAGAUGAUUGGAUUUCUUUUGUUUUUAUGCAAAUUAAAGUUAGAAAUAUAUUUUAAUCAA